AUGCCGCUUGCACCGCCGGCUGAACCUGACCUGGAGUCGAAAAUGAACUGGGGGUCCUUUUAUGCCGUGAUCAGCGGCAUAAACAGGCAUUCGACAGGCAUCGGACGUAUUUGGCUCUCAGUCAUCUUCAUUUUCCGUAUCUUUGUCCUGGUGGUCGCGGCGGAGAGCGUUUGGGGAGACGAGAAAUCCGGCUUCACCUGCAACACCCAGCAGCCCGGCUGCAACAGCGUCUGCUACGACCAGUUCUUCCCCAUUUCGCACAUCCGCCUGUGGGCUCUGCAGCUCAUCCUGGUCUCCACGCCUGCUCUCCUGGUGGGCAUGCAUGUGGCCCAUCGGCGCCACAUUGACAAGAAGAUCCUAAAGCGGGCCGGGCGAAACAGCCCGAAAGAGCUGGAACAUAUCAAGAACCAGAAGUUUCGGAUCACCGGAGCACUGUGGUGGACCUACAUGAUCAGCAUAGUCUUUCGAAUCAUCUUUGAGGUUGCUUUUCUCUACAUUUUCUACAUGAUCUACCCGGGCUUUAGGAUGGUGCGCUUGGUGAAGUGUGACUCGUACCCGUGCCCCAACACCGUGGACUGCUUUGUGUCCAGGCCCACCGAGAAGACCAUCUUCACUGUCUUCAUGCUGGCAGUCUCCGGAGUGUGCGUGCUGCUCAACUUGGCCGAGAUUGCGUACCUCAUGGGCAGGGCCUGCAAACGCUGCCUUCGCCGCACUGAGGAAGAGUCCAAAGUUGACUGGAUGAGUCAAAAAUUGUCUUCCUACAAAGUGAGGUCAAUCAGCUGAUAGCAGACCCUGACGAACUGUGACAUACCUUAGUAUGUCCUCUUCCAAAUACUAAACAUUAUGAUUUAUAUAUAGUGGAUUGUAGUGUAUGAUAUU